AUGGAGCAACAAAUUCCCCUCACGCACGAAGCCUCCGCCGGAGACACGAACAAGCAGACCACGGCGACCCUCCCGACGGAAGUUGUCCAAUGUCUCGAGAACGCACGCUUUCUUCAUCUCGCAACAUGUCACGAUAACAUCCCCCACGUGUCCCUAAUGAAUUACACCUACCUCGCCGAAUCCCCCUUCUCCUCCUCCCCCGUCAUCAUCAUGACCACCAACCCCUCCUCCAAGAAGAUCAACAACCUCGUCGCGAACCCAAAUGUCUCUCUCUUAGUCCACGACUGGGUCUCCCACCGCCCCUUAACCGGCCGCCGCCUCUCCAACGGCUCCCCCCAACCACCCCCUUCCAGUCUCGCCUCCCUCCUCCUCAACCUAAACUCCUCCGCCAUGUCCUCCAUCUCCGCCACCAUCAACGGCUCCGCCCGCCUCGUCGACCAGGGCUCCGCCGAGGAGCGCUUCUACCGCGAGCAGCACCUGGAGAACAAUACCUUUGAAGGCGGCGACGUCGGGAUUCACCCGUUUGCGGCCGCGGCGGGUGAUGUUGGUGAUAGUGCUGCGGUUGUGGAGGAUGGAGGGCCGAGGCUGGGAUCCGGGGAUGACUUUAGGGUUGUGGUGGUUGAUAUCAAGGAUGUGAGGAUUAGUGAUUGGAAGGGUGGGGUGAGGGAUUGGGUUCUUGUCAAGGAGGAGGAUCUAGUCAACGGGGUGCGGUAA